AUGAAACUCUAGUGGUUGGAGUCAGGGCAGAGCGUGAGGGGAGCCGGCACUGGCGGGCUUAUUUAUCGCCCGGCGGGAGCGCCCAGUCGGGUAGCGCUAACUGGACUUUCCGACGGGCCCUCUUCUCGAAGCUGCAGCAGCUUCGGUUCCGAGCUUGACUGAAACGGAGCCCGAGUCCCGGCCCCUGAGGGGAUCGCUCUCUGCAGACCAGUGGGACCCCGAAACUUGAACGCAAUAUCCACCCCCCUUUUUAUGCCUUCCUUUGUCACUUCCUCACCUUUCUCCCAGCGCGUUCUUUUUUCUCCCCGCUCUUCAUUCUCCCUCCCUCGAAGGACACAAAAGUGGCUGCCGAGGAAAGAUUUGGAGGCAGUGGGAGCUUUUCUCUUUGGAGAGCGACUGUGUGGAAGGGAUUUUUGGGAAGCUGCUUUUUAACACCUCAGCCCUCUGCCCCCCCAAGCCUCCCUGUACCUCUCUGAGGAGAAAAAGCCCGUAGACUGAAAGUUCGGGGGGCAUUUUGCUGGGUGCUGUAAGAGGAGAGGGGGGAGGACCCCAUCCUCGUCCUGGUAGUUGGCUGGACUUGUACCGGCCGUUGGAAACCCCGAAGUACAUAUCCGUGUGGGACUUUACAGAUCUAUAUUUUUAGAUUUUUAAAUAUCAGAUAAAAAAAUAUAUGCUUUCUAUAUAUUUCCUGACGACCUGCCCCUGACUGCGCGAUGUACAAUACGGUGUGGAGUAUGGACCGCGAUGACGCAGACUGGAGGGAGGUGAUGAUGCCCUAUUCGACAGAACUGAUAUUUUAUAUUGAAAUGGAUCCUCCAGGCUGAUCAUUUUUUUCCCCCUGCCUUCAGUAAAAUUCCAUGCUGUACUUACAGCAUUAUUAUUCUUGGAUCUUCACUUCUCUCUGCUCUUCCACCAAAGCCACCUAAGCCAAUGACUUCAGCCGUUACAAAUGGAAUGAAGGACAGUUCUGUUUCUCUUCAGGAUGCAGAAUGGUACUGGGGGGAUAUUUCAAGGGAGGAGGUAAAUGACAAAUUACGGGAUAUGCCAGAUGGUACGUUCUUGGUCAGAGAUGCCUCAACAAAAAUGCAGGGGGAUUACACUUUGACUUUGCGGAAGGGAGGCAAUAAUAAGUUAAUAAAGAUCUAUCAUCGAGAUGGUAAAUACGGCUUUUCUGAUCCUCUGACAUUUAAUUCUGUGGUGGAGCUCAUUAACCACUAUCAUCAUGAAUCUCUUGCUCAGUACAAUCCCAAACUUGAUGUGAAGCUAAUGUACCCAGUGUCCAGAUACCAACAGGAUCAGUUGGUAAAAGAAGACAACAUUGAUGCAGUUGGUAAAAAAUUGCAAGAGUACCACUCUCAGUAUCAGGAAAAGAGUAAAGAGUAUGACAGGCUAUAUGAGGAAUAUACCAGAACAUCCCAGGAAAUACAGAUGAAGAGGACGGCAAUUGAAGCUUUUAAUGAAACAAUUAAAAUAUUUGAAGAGCAGUGUCACACACAAGAACAACAUAGCAAAGAAUAUAUUGAGCGAUUUCGCAGAGAGGGGAAUGAAAAGGAAAUUGAACGAAUUAUGAUGAAUUAUGACAAAUUGAAAUCACGUCUGGGUGAGAUUCAUGAUAGCAAAAUGCGUCUAGAGCAGGAUUUGAAGAAACAAGCUUUGGACAACCGGGAAAUAGAUAAAAAAAUGAACAGUAUCAAACCUGACCUGAUCCAGCUGCGCAAGAUCCGAGAUCAGCACCUUGUGUGGCUCAAUCACAAAGGCGUGAGACAGAAGCGCCUAAAUGCCUGGCUGGGAAUCAAGAAUGAGGAUGCUGAUGAGACCUAUUUUAUCAAUGAGGAAGAUGAAAACCUGCCCCAUUAUGAUGAGAAAACCUGGUUUGUUGAGGAUAUCAAUCGAGUACAAGCAGAGGACUUGCUUUAUGGGAAACCUGAUGGUGCAUUUUUAAUUCGUGAGAGUAGCAAGAAAGGAUGUUAUGCUUGCUCUGUGGUUGCCGAUGGGGAAGUGAAGCACUGUGUGAUCUACAGCACUGCUCGGGGCUAUGGCUUUGCAGAGCCCUACAACCUGUACAGCUCACUGAAGGAGCUGGUGCUCCAUUACCAGCAGACAUCCCUCGUUCAGCACAACGACUCCCUCAACGUCAGGCUUGCCUACCCUGUCCACGCACAGAUGCCCUCACUCUGCAGAUAAAGAGGGAGUGGGAAGAGAGGUCGCUCUCUAGCAUUUUUUUCCUACAGUUUUUAUUAGACUAUGAGGGCAUUCUUUCUACGUAGACUGCUUGUUUUGCACAAGAAGUGAUUCUGUGAAUGUGGAGAGGCUGAGCGGCAGCUGGCCAGGAUGGGGGCACAAGAGGCCUGAGGUUCUCUGAGACUCAGCUGGGCCGCUGCACUGACAUAGGAAGCUGGAAGCAGAUGUUUUUUUGGAAAGUCUGUUUCAUUGGGGCUUUUGUUUUGUUUAGCCAGGCACCCUCAAAAGAACACAUUAGGUUUGAUGGGGGUAGGGGGUUGGAAAUUUCUGAAGAGUCCACGUCCUCUCUUGGUCUUUGUCUCUGGGAAUGUGGCAGGGGCAUGGCUCUGGGGAGUUCUGUUUUGAUCUGGCGGUCUCUCUUAACUUCCUCCUAAAAUGAAGGCUGUUUUGGUUCUGUGGUAGAAUGGCAUUUGGUGAAAAAGACAACCAAAGGAAAAUGGGGAGGCUUGGGAUUUCAUUGAGAGAAUCUUAGUCAAGGGGGUAAAAACACCUUCAACUGAAGGUACUUUACUAACUAACAUAAGCUAAGCGUCAACAUCUCAGUAGCUCCUCCCUCUAAAGAAGCAUUAUGUUUAGAAACCAAAUUGAUCUCAGCAGAACAAUGUUUGUUGCCAGACUAAGGUCUGAUGGAAGAAGACAGCACUAGUAUCUGAAUGCACACUUCUGUACCAAAACUUGAAAGUGAAAGGAAAACUAGAAUUUGUUAGUUUUAGCAAACACUAAAAUUGGUCAGUGUAACUCCUGCCCUGCCCUUGUUUCUCAGAGAUGAGAAAUAGUGUUCUUUUUGUGGGCAUGGUGAACUUUGAAUCAUAAAAUGAAGUUGGUGCUUGUGUGGUGUUUCCUUAGCCUAAAGAAUGAUCUGUUGUUGAAAAUUUUUGUAACUUGUUUGUAUGAGUAAAGAAAAGGUGCAAUCCAGUGCUUUUAGAUGGCUUGAUAUACCAAAUAAUGAUAUAGAACAACAGUCUUAUAUGUGCUUCCCAAAUUUGAAGGCCCUGCAGAAACAGGAAACAUGGUUUAAUUUCCCUUCAUCUCCCUGUCCUUUGUUGGGUAGGGCUUAGGGGAGCCAUGGGUGGCAAAGGUUGUAGCAGGAAGGGAGCCUGACUGUUGUCAGGGACCGCGGAGGCUCUGGUGUCUAGGGUGAGGGUCAUCCACAUUACCCGUGUGCUUCCAUGCAGUGGUUUCUGAAACUUUUGUAAGGAGAGGAAAUAAUGGCUUGGAGUUUAUAGACUGUUAGUAAAAGCCAUCUGGAAGUUUUUCUCUUUGCCAUUUUUGUGAGCCUGCCAUUAAGAUGAUGUGCACAGACGGUCCUCAUGCUCCAGUGGCCCUGAUUUUAGGCCAGGAAUCUUCCGCUCCAUGUGGUUUAAGCCUUCCAGCUGAGUGAAGCUAGGCGAAUGGAGCUGGGGGCAGGCGUGUACUCCUACCUCCUUUAUGCCCCACCUCCAUCAGUCAACACUCAUUCGACAAAUAGAGUUCAGCUGCCUCUGAGCCAAUGCUGGAACCAUAAUAGGCUCAGAGUGAGUCAGCUGUUUGAGUCCAAAGCUGUGCAGUCAGGCGUCCUGGCUGAACUAGAGAAGCAGCCAAUAUCUGGGUCUUGGUACAUAAGGUUUACAGCUAGGAAAGCUGUAGUUAUGGAAUGAAAAAAUAAAUACUGCUUUCCCUGAGCACUUAUCUUGGUGACAGGGUCUAGAAUGGACCAUGAUAUAAAAAUAGAUGAAAAAUUUUGGAAAAAGCUCUAGAGUUACUAACAAUGAGGAUAGGAAGGAAAGGGCCUAUCUUCGGCUUUUCUUUGGUUCCAUUGCAGUUUCAGGAUUAGGCGAGGCAGACAGAUGAACCCAUCCUUCCAGUGUCAUGUUCUGACUUAAGCCCUUAGCUGAAAGCCAGCUGCACACCUCUUCUCCACAUUGCCAGGCUGAAAUCUUGAAGGUUUUACUGAGUGAUGUCAGGCUAGUUGCUGCUGGAUGGCCUUCCACCUGGUGUUGAACCUGCUUAAGCAGUUGGAUGCUCCAGAUUGGGUGCAAGAAACCCCUCCUUUCUGGUAUUAAAAUUUAGUGUGUUCUGACUCUCUUUAAAAUAAAAUGGGAGUAAGGAUGCACGCCUGUGACCUUGAGCAGUGUGUUGCUCCUUUUUAGGCAGAUACAAAGGGUGCGUGGGGAGGGAGCUAGGACCAUCUAAUACCUAAACUUACAUAUAAGGACUGGCUUGUGGAGAAGGACUGCUCUUUUUUUAAUCCUAUAUUCCUUCACUUUUUCUUUCCUAUUUUUCAUUCUUGAAUUUGUUGCUUUGUGGGAACUAAGGAUCAUUUGAGAAGUUGGAAAGUAUCUCUUCUGACUAGUUGCCAUAUGAUUUGCUUGAUCCUGAGCCAGUGGAAAUGGCAUAGGGACCAAUCUGCUAACCACAUGGAGGGGUAGUAUGCAGCUCCUAUACUUCAUGGUCUUGGCGGCCUUCAUCUGAGCCUAGCUAGCUCUGUGUCCUGUCCCAUGAUUUAGGCCCUUGGACUCUUUCUCUCUUGGCAUCCUAACUGCAGCUUCACUGAAGCAGAGAGUAAAGAGACAGACAAAGACCAGGGGGCUCAUUGUUUUUCUGGCUGGGGAAGCCAGCCAUCAGCAUGGAAGCAGCUUGAAGCUGGCUGAACACAGGUCCUAGGCCCAUCUUUUCCGGGUGGAGAUUUCAUCACAGAACAAUGGUCUCUGUCUCUUCCUGAUCAUAGAUGGUAAAUCUUGGCCAGGGCUCAGGACUGUAUAGGCUAACUGUGUCCUUACCACUGAUUUGGCCAAGGUUGAGGACUUCUAAUACCUCCCCUACUCCAUCUCCAAGCCUUGAUGGGACCUCCCACUUACUCUGGACCUCAUGUGCUCUAAAGAAGCAUUGAUAGCCAAUGUGGCGUCUUCCAUAGGUCUCCUCUUCUUGCUGCAAGGAACCAGCUUCAUGGGUCCUCUUGGCCAAGAAUUGCAUCUGGACAAUUCCUGGUUACAAGGUGGUCUCUGUUGCCAGUUAAGACUCCAGAGUAGGCCUCUGUGAGGCUUCUGUGGCCUCAAAGCAGAGGGUGCAGAUGGGGGCCUGGCUGGGCUCCCUGCUGUCAGCUGCUCAUCCUUGCCCUAGCUCUAGCCACUUGUGACAACCUUGUUUCCUUACAAAUUCCAGCAUGUGACUUUGGUGCCCUGUUGUUACUUGUGAAAAACCUAUUCUUCUGUUGUCUU